AUGGACAUAACACUGGCAUUGCUCGACCUGUGGAGGUCUCAGUUGGAUGAUGAAAAGAUACCAUCUCAUCGAUACUUUGGCACAGAGGAGCACACCUUCCCCUUCCUCGCCACCCCUGAGCACAUCAACACGUUGCUCAACGAGACAGAGAAUGAUGAUCACAAAAGGAAUCUGGUCAUCAACAAGUAUAUACGACUACUAGAGUACAGUGUAGAUAUAAUGCCAAUGUUGAUCCAAUUGUUUGGUUGGGAGGCUAUAUCGCUUCACAUGGAUCAAUGGUUCAUGAUACCACUCGAUCCCCGCUUCGAAGGCUACCUAUCACAUUCCGAGCAAAAAGAGAUGGUCGGCUUCACAGUCAAUCGUAUAAUCUAUCUCAACUCCAUACCCAACAAGGCAGCAUCAAAAUUGUUACAAGAAAACAAACAAUACAUACUCAAGUUCUAUCAACGUCAUUUACUUAAGAGUGUAGAUAGGAUAUCACCUCAGAGACUAAGUGGAGUGCUGAGUGUAGUAUUGAAUGAUCCAGAGAAUAAGGAAGCCAAUCAGGUAGUUUUGAUUGAUUUGUUGACAUCAUUGAUCAACAGUACUUCCAAUCAUUGGCCUGAUACAUGGUUCGAACAUCUACAUCAAUUCAUCGAACCAAUUGAACAAUGUCUCCAAUUCUUCCAUCGACUGGACCACCAGAGUAUCAACACUCUGAUCACUCUCAUUGGACCUCCCUUCCUAAAGUACUACCAACUUUGCGAGGAGAAGUUAUUGGACAAGUUGUAUUCAAUGUCAAUCAAUGCCACCAGCUUCAACUCUUUGGCCAAGCCAAAUGUACAUGGACACAAACAACCUGACAUAUCAAACAAGGAGCUGGCAGAGAUAAUCGAUGGUCUGAUCGAUCUGAAUUGUAUUGUGGUUCAGGAUCAGGUUGGGAAGUCGACCGACUUCACUGAUGCAGUUCUGGCAGCAUUGACCAAGGUCACUGACUAUCCCACAUUGACCAAGAUCAUCGAACAACACCGAAACAUUCUUCUUCGAUUCGUCCAAGAGCGCGGAGACAGUGUUCUUGGUCAGCCACCCUACAACAAUCAAUUCGCUCAGGUAAUCACACGACUAAAGUGA